AAUGGCAGCCUCUGUAUUUUCAGGAAUUGCAGUGGCAGAAUAAUUUCAUGGUUGUCAUCUACAGGGACUGGGGAGUUUGUUAGGAUUUAAAAAUAUAUGAAAGGAGAAACUCCCCAGUCUUCUGAAAACCUUAGUUAGAUCAAUGUUUAUGUCAUCAGGAUGGCUUUCCAACCCUUUCUUACAAUACAUUUGACUUUCCCAAAAAAUAAAGGGCCUCAUUCACCAAUAUAUUUUCCAAGUAGUAAUACUAGUAUUAAAAUGUGAAUUUGUAUUAAGUGUUGCACAAGACAGUAAUUUCAUUUUUGGAUUUUCCAACUAGCUGACUCUGGUUACCUCCCACUUCCUCCCUGUUAUAUAAGCCAUUCAGGUCAGAAAACAACUUCAGACUAGAAGACUGGAUAACAGACCCUGCUGCUUGCCAACAUACUACAAAACAACCAACUUGAAAACUACAUCUCUAGCACGUAACUACAAAGACAUCAUGGAAUUUGAGUCAACCUGCCUUUUCAUUCAGAACUCCUCCAGCAUUGUACCAUGGAGCCCAAGGAUUUCAGAGGGAAUACAUCUGGAGGUAACCAAACAUCCUUUCACCAUGCGUCGCAUGGCCAACCUGAUCAUCGCCACAGAGAGGUUCAAAGGCUCACAGAAGUGUUCCAUUGGGACCGAGUUCAGGGACCAGGAUCUGCUCAAUGUAUUGCUGGAGGCUUUGGACGAACAAAUAGUGUUGGAGGUAGAGGCCCCUCCCCCAUCAUUCAUCCAAACAUCUAAUUCCGAGUGUGACGUCACUGACACUGACAACAAGAGCUUAGUCUUGGAGGCUAUGGAGCUGCAUGCCAUUUUGUUGCAAGCAGGCAACAACUCCCGGAAAGUUCAACUGAACCUGUCGGCGUAUGUGGCUACUGUCCCCAGUGUGGUUGCAGGCAGACCUGUAGCCUUGAACAUUAAGGGCUCCAACCUCUACCUGUCCUGUUCUAAAUCAGGAGACAAACCCAUCCUGCAACUAGAGGUGGCAAACAAGGAACAGCUAAAUUCCAUCAGCUCUCAGAGCGAAAUGGUGCGAUUCCUGUUCUACAGACGUGACACAGGGACUGACAUCAGUACACUGGAGUCUGCUCGGUUCAAGGACUGGUUCAUAAGCACAGACAAGGAGGACAACGCAGUGGUGAACAUGUGCAAUGGGCCACCCUCAAACCGCAUUAUCACCUUCAACCUCCAGACACCAAGUAAAACCAGUUAGGGCCUCCCAUAGAGAUCAUACAAAAUUCAAUAGGGAUUUGUGAUUCUGUGGUGAGAUUAUAAAAUCACUCUUGGCUUUCUGUUAUCAGGAAUGCCACAAAAGAUGAAAAGUGUGAUUUAUUUAUGUAUUUAUUUUUGUAUUUAUUUUUGUAUUUAUUUGUUUUAUUUUAAAAACAAUAGCAGAAAUCAAAAUGCUUUAACUAUUUAUUGCAAUUUGAGUACUUUAUUGAAAUUUAUUUAUCAAUGUAUUUAUUUGACUAUUGUGCAUUGUACAAGUGAUGUGUUCAUUCAAUGUUUCAUGGGC